CGAGUUCCAGGCUCGGGGCUGGUUCAUUCUGCGGCCCGGGAUUAUAUUUACAAGCAAACUGUCUCACCCUCGCCAGAUUGUCCGCCUCGGCGCAGGCAGCGGAGGGCUGUUUUCCAAAAUUACCGUCUUGCCCUGCACCUGCCUUUCCGAUUACCUCCGGGAAUCUGUGGGAGGAGCUGGCAGGGUGGACAGUGUGGCUUCGCUCUGCAAAAGGAAGAAAACUUUGUCACCCAGAGGGAGACCUCUGCCACGCGUAACCCGGAGAGAGACCAGAACCCGGACAACCUUGGCUUUGAGUUUUGAUCGAUGAGCCCGUAAGGAGGACGAGGACACGUGAACUCGGCGCACACGCCUACCGCCAUCCUCCCUGGUGGCGGCGGCCGGAGGUACCUGCGCCACCUUCCCUCCCCGCGGAAGUCCCCACGCGGUGUCUCCGCGGUGGAAGGGUAAUCAUCCAGAGCGCGCGGCUCGAGGCCGACCGCAGGGGCCGGGCCAGGAAGGAGAGGACCGAACUGCAGGAACGAGUUACCCGGAAUUAACUUCUGGUUAAAGUUAUGGGAAGCGCGGCCAUGGACACCAAGAAGAAGAAAGAUGUUUCCAGCCCCGGCGGGAGCAGCGGCAAGAAAAAUCCCAGCCAGAAGCGGCGUUCGCUGCGAGUGCACAUCCCGGACCUGAGUUCCUUUGCCAUGCCGCUCCUGGACGGAGACCUGGAGAGCUCAGAGAAGCAUGCUUCCCGGAAGGUGGACAGCCCCUGCAGCUCGGGCAGCCCCUCCAAAGGGUUCUUCUCUCGAGGCCCCCAGCACCGGCCCUCCAGCCCCGUGUCUGCUCCCGUGAGGCCCAAGACCAGCCCCGGCUCCCCCAAAACCGUGUUCCCGUUCUCCUACCAGGAGUCCCCUCCGCGCUCCCCACGCCGCAUGAGUUUCAGCGGGAUCUUUCGCUCCUCAUCCAAAGAGUCCUCCCCCAACUCCAACCCGUCUACCUCACCUGGGGGCGUCAGGUUCUUCUCCCGCUCCAGAAAAACCUCCGGCCUCUCCUCCUCUCCGUCGACACCCACCCAGGUGGUCAAGCAACACACGUUUCCUCUCGAGUCCUACAAGCAUGAGCCUGAGCGGCUGGAAAAUCGCAUCUACGCCUCCACCUCCCCUCCGGACACAGGCCAGAGGUACUGCCCAUCCCCCUUCCAGAGCCCGGCCAGGCCCCCGGCAGCCUCGCCCACACACCUCGCUUCCUCCAGAACGCCCCACAGCCCCGCGCCUCCGGGCGUCGCCCCGCCCACCCGGCGGCGCUGCCCUCUCGCCCCACCCCCCAGGCUGGCCGAGACCACACCUGCGCAGGUUAAGGCCGCGGGGACGCGCCGCCCGUGGGUGGCGGGGAAGAAUGUGAACCAGAUCGUAUUGGGCGGGUACCUACAUUCAUUUUCUGUUUUAGAUUCCCUGCAGCAUUCCACAAGCAUGUUACUAGAAGAAGACUCGGAAAGCGGCGUCUACAUGCGCUUCAUGAAGUCACACAAGUGCUACGACAUUGUCCCCACCAGUUCCAAGCUCGUGGUGUUUGACACAACGUUACAAGUGAAAAAGGCUUUCUUCGCCUUAGUGGCCAAUGGCGUCCGGGCGGCGCCGCUGUGGGAGAGCAAGCAGCAGAGUUUUGUAGGAAUGCUAACAAUUACAGAUUUCAUAAACAUACUGCAUAGAUACUAUAAGUCGCCCAUGGUCCAGAUUUAUGAAUUAGAGGAACAUAAGAUCGAAACCUGGAGGGAGCUUUAUUUACAAGAAACAUUUAAGCCUUUAGUGAAUAUAUCUCCAGACGCAAGCCUCUACGAUGCUGUUUACUCGUUGAUCAAAAAUAAAAUCCACAGAUUGCCAGUUAUUGACCCUAUCAGUGGGAACGCACUUUACAUACUUACCCACAAAAGAAUCCUCAAGUUCCUGCAGCUUUUUAUGUCUGACAUGCCAAAGCCUGCCUUCAUGAAGCAGAACCUGGAGGCCCUGGGCAUCGGGACCUACCACAACAUCGCCUUCAUCCACCCGGACACGCCCAUCAUCAAAGCCCUGAGCAUCUUCGUGGAAAGACGCGUGUCGGCCCUGCCCGUGGUGGACGAGUCAGGAAAAGUCGUAGAUAUUUAUUCCAAAUUUGAUGUCAUUAACCUCGCUGCCGAGAAGACGUACAACAACCUGGACAUCACGGUGACCCAGGCCCUGCAGCACCGCUCGCAGUACUUCGAGGGCGUCGUGAAGUGCAGCAAGCUGGAAGUCCUGGAGACCAUCGUGGACAGGAUAGUGCGGGCCGAGGUGCAUCGGCUGGUGGUAGUGAACGAGGCGGACAGCAUCGUGGGCAUCAUCUCCCUGUCGGACAUCCUGCAGGCCUUGAUCCUCACGCCCGCAGGUGCCAAACAAAAGGAGCCAGAAACGGAAUGACCGCUGUGGGUGGAGGAGCCCCCGUGGGAGAACGUGAACAAAGAUCCCGGGUCGCACUUUGCCUCGUGAACGCUGACCGUGACCGAAGGCAGCACAGCGGCAGAGAACGUGUAUCAGGGUUUAGUGAGGGGUACUUUUUUUCCAGUGAUGCUGAAACAGCAUAAGGAACCGAUUUCACGUGUGUGAGGACUCGGGCUCGCCCUCGAGGACUGCUCCCGGACCUUCGUCCGAGCGAUUUCAAUGCUGUAUGUUAUUAAAGUGCACUGUGUCCUGAAGUUUCUAUUAUUUUUCAUUUCAAAGGAGUCACUGGUCUGGAACAGGGAAUCAGACAUAAGGCGAGCGCAGGGCCUCUCGGACCUAGUGCCUUGUGUCGGGACACGUGAUCUGUCACCACUGCGGCCCAGGACAGCUGGGGCCGCACGGUGCUGGGGCGUGACAGUCUCUGGACCUUUACCAAAUCAGUUUUGUUUUCAUUAGGUUUGUCAAACUGUUGUAAUUUGGAUAUAAAUACUUUAUAAAGCUUCCACAGCAGUUUUCUGUUUAAGCGUCUGUUCUGAACUACGGUGCACACAAAACCGCCGACUCCUUUAUUUAUUUUUACUCUCGUGCAGUUUUGUUUGUUUGUUUGUUUGUACACAUCUUGGUGGCUGAGCUUCCUCCCACUAAUAAACCACUGGUGGUUAUUUUCAAA